UAUAUCCAACGACUUUUAAAGUGCCCUAAUUUCUCCGUCUUUCUCUCUCUACAUUUUUUGCAACAUCUUCCAUAAAAUCUUAGUCCCAUGUGCAAUAAAAAACGUAAACCCUUCCAAAACCCCACCAAUACUUUGAGAUCAUUAAGGUACUUUCUCUCUCCACCUCACUAAAAAUUAUGUGCAAUUUCUCUGCGUUUCUGCUUGAUACUUUGAGGCAUGAGUGUUCAUUGGUGAAAGGGGAAAACCCAUAUGGUUUUUUGGCAAUUCAGAGGAAUAAACACAUGGCCAUCAUCGUUUGAUGUGUGCUAGGUUGCCAGUCAAAUUUAUAAAGUGUUUUUGGAAGAGAUAUGUCCAAAGACUUCUACUGUAAAAAGUUGAAGUGUUUCGAUCAUGGCUUCAAGGGUAAUCACAAGAAACAAGAGAUUUAUAUUGGGAUGCCUAAACUCUUCCUUUGCCUCGUCUUGUAGUUAUUCAAGUUUGAGACAUAGGCCUUUACCUUAUGCCUCACUCUCACAUAUUCCAAAUCAGGAUUCCACUUUGCCUCCUCCACAAUUGAAUGAAAGAAGAGAGAGAGAGGCAGAUUAUAAUCCUGGGGCUAAGUUUUUUGUGCCACCCAUCUCAAGAAUUUUGAACUAUGGAACUAAUGGAAAUUUGGUUUCAUUUAGAGAAAAUGGUAGGGUGGAAAUUCUGUAUCCACUUGGAAUCAGGUGGAUGUCUCAAUCAGUUCGUAAUGCCACUACCGCCACAGCUGGUCAACCAGAGAUGGACAAUAAGGAGGAAACAAAUGAAGAGCCAAGUACAAAACAAAUUAAGGAGGCUUCACCAGAGGAAUGUGAUCAAGCAGUAGAGGGUCUUAGCUCGGUAAAAGCAAGGGCUAAACAAUUGCAAGAGUCUCAAAAGAAAGCCAAGUCUCUUGUACAAAAGGUAUGGGCCAUGCUGUUGGGUAUUGGACCAGCUCUUCGUGCUGUUGCUUCAAUGAGCAGGGAGGAUUGGGCCAAGAAGUUGCAACAUUGGAAGAAUGAGUUUAAGGAAGCCUUGCAGCACUAUUGGCUGGGGACAAAGCUUCUAUGGGCUGAUGUGAGGAUAUGCUCCCGCCUUUUGAUAAAACUUGCUGGUGGCAAAAGCCUCUCAAGGAGGGAGCGCCAACAACUUACACGCACCACGGCCGAUAUUUUCAGGCUAGUUCCUGUCGCUGUCUUUAUCAUUGUUCCAUUCAUGGAGUUCUUACUCCCGGUGUUUCUGAAAGUGUUCCCCAACAUGUUGCCCUCUACUUUCCAGGACAAGAUGAAGGAACAGGAAGCUUUGAAACGGCGUCUCAAUGCGAGGAUAGAGUAUGCAAAAUUCUUGCAGGACACAGCGAAAGAAAUGGCAAAGGAAGUUCAAACAUCGCGUAGUGGUGAAAUAAAGAAAACUGCUGAAGAUCUUGAUGAAUUUCUGAACAAGGCGCGAACUGGAGGUCAUGUUUCUAAUGAAGAAAUCUUAGGCUUUGCAAAGUUGUUCAAUGAUGAACUCACUCUGGACAACAUAAGCAGACCAAGGCUGGUUAAUAUGUGCAAAUACAUGGGUAUUAGUCCUUACGGAACUGAUGCAUACUUACGGUAUAUGCUUCGGAAGAAACUUCAACAGAUCAAGAAUGAUGACAAAUUGAUCCAAGCGGAAGGUGUAGAGUCCUUAUCAGAAGCUGAACUCCGACAGGCUUGUCGGGAUCGAGGCCAUUUGGGUUUACUUUCGGUUGAGGAAACGCAACGGCAGCUUCGUGACUGGUUGGAUUUAUCUCUCAACCACUCUGUGCCUUCUUCUCUCCUGAUCCUCUCGAGAGCCUUCACUGUAUCUGGAAAGCUAAGGCCUGAAGAGGCUGUUCAGGCAACCCUGUCUUCUCUGCCAGAUGAGGUUGUGGACACAGUAGGUGUGACUGCCUUGCCAAGUGAAGAUUCCAUCUCGGAGCGUAAGAGAAAACUGGAAUUCCUUGAAAUGCAAGAAGAACUUAUCAAGGAGGAGGAAGAGAAAGAGGAAGAGGAGCAAGCAAGGAAGAAGGAAGCUGGAAUCAGUCAAGAAGAUGUAGCUUUGAAAGAGAUGAUUAUACCCACUGCAAGAGAAGCUCAAGAGCUGGCAAGAGAAAAGACAUUGGAGAAACAAGAGCAGCUAUGUAAGCUUAGCCGUGCUUUGGCUGUUCUGGCUUCUGCAUCUUCAGUUAGUAGGGAACGCGAAGAAUUUUUACGCCUUGUAAACAAAGAGAUUGAACUUUAUAAUAGUAUGGUGGAGAGAGAAGGAGAAGAAGGUGCAGAACAAGCUAAGAAGGCAUAUCAAGCGGCAAGAGAGGAGACUGAUCAUGCAACUGAAGUAGAUGACAAGGUUUCCUCAGCACUCAUAAACAGGGUUGAUGCCAUGCUCCAAAAUCUGGAAAAGGAAAUAGACGAUGUUGAUGCUAAAAUUGGCGACCGUUGGCGAAUCCUGGAUAGGGAUUAUGAUGGAAAGGUGACUCCAGAAGAGGUUGCUGCAGCAGCCAUGUAUCUCAAGGACACCUUGGGCCAAGACGGAGUACAAGAACUCAUCAGCAGUCUUUCCAAAGAUACAGAUGGUAAGAUCCUGGUUGAGGACAUUGUCAAACUGGGGAGCCGAAUAGAUGAAGAAGACGCAGCCAAAGCUGCAAAUGCCUAGAGUCUCUCUCUCUCUAAUAUACUUUUGUCUUUCUCUCUCUCAUAUUUUUGUUGGGUCUUUUUAAAUUGGAUAAGUUUAAUCCCAUUGAGGUAGUUUUGAGGAACUCCGUUUAAUGGGUCCCUAUGACCUCUCAUGCCAUAUUUGUUCCAAUACGUCUUCUCUCUAGCCUGUGAGAAGAGACCCGUUCCCAAUUCUUUGUUGCAGAGGCUGAUCAUCAUCAUCGUCAAAGCUUUCUCCCAACUAAUUUGGCGGAGGCUGAUACAAGUUUCAAUUGUUCGUUGCUGUAAAAAUUAUGAAAAAGAAAAAGAUUUAGAGACAUCAACAUAAAUGGACAGGUGUACUUGCGCUUUUGCAAGCUUGGAUGAAUUAUAUAUUUAUAUAUGUAUGGUAUGAGUUGUAUUUCAUGAGA